AUGGAUCUGAGGAACAAGUUCAUGAACCUGGUGGCACCGCCCGCUGCCCUCUUUUUCCUCUGCCUCGUCCUGCCGCCUCUCUACUUCCUGAAGCUGUUCUUCUAUCUCUUCUCCGCUCUUUUCCCUCAGAACCUGCGGCAGAAGGUCGUCCUCAUCACCGGCGCCUCUUCUGGCAUCGGCGAGGUACCUCUCUCUCUCCCCCUCUCUCUCUCUCUCUCUCUCUCUCUCUCUCGCUCUCUCCCCUAUUAUUCAUUUUCUUCAUCUUCUUCUUUAGCAGAACCUGGCCUACCAGUACGCGAAGAAGGGAGCCUCCUUGGCUCUGGUGGCCCGGCGGGAGGGCCGCCUCAGGGAAACCGCCAACCGGAGUAGAGAGCUGGGAUCCCCAGAUGUUCUCGUGAUCCAGGCGGACGUCUCCAACCCCGACGACUGCAGGCGCUUCAUCGAGACGACCGUCAGCCACUUUGGACGGCGUAAAUCCAUUUUUUACAAACUCUUUAGAGAGAGAGAGAGAGAGAGAGAGUUAUGACUUAUCCGUGUUAUGAUGUCUGAUCUUCAUUUGUUAUUCCAGUGGAUCAUCUGGUGAAUAACGCCGGUAUCUCCUGCGUGUGCCUGUUCGAGGAGGUCUCCAAUAUCACCAGUUUCUCGCAAGUGAUGGUAAGUCUUUCGAUCGUUAAGAAUGUUUUGUGAAAGAGGGAGAGAGGAGGGUGGGUUACGUAGGAACAGAGUAGAGAGAGAGAGAGAGAGAGAGGAGGGUCAUAAUUGUAAAAAAGGAAUAAAGAGAGAUGAUCAACUUUUAAGGUAGAGUAUGUAUAUAAUAGAUAGAUAGAGAGAGAGAGAGAGAGAGAGAGAGAGAGAGAGAGAGAGAGAGAGAGAGCAGGGUUAUAAUGCUAAGUGCAGAGAAAUGGAAGGUUGUGUAGUUAGAUAGAGAGGGCCCACGUUGCUACUGGUGGAGUAGAGAAUGAAAGGGUCAGGUCGCUACAAAGCAGAAGGGACAUAAGGAGAGAGAUGAAAAUAACUCACGCUGUUUCAAAAUAGAGUAGAGGGAUAGAGAAUUGAGGAAUCAUGUUAUUAAAUGUAGAGUAGACGUAUAGAGAGGGAAAUCUCAUGAUGCGACAUAGUAGAGUAGAUGUAGACAGAGGAUCAUGUCGCUACAUAGAGAGAGGAGGGGUCAUAUCGCUACAUAGUAUUGCCAGAGAAAAUGAGGAGGGCCAUGUUAUUACAAUGUCAAGGGACAAAGGAUGUUCAUUUUUUUGCAAAGAAGAGACAGACAGACAGACAGAGACAGAGAGAGGGUAAUCUUGUUACAAAAUAAAUGACGAAUAUGUUGCUUCGGAUGAUGUUUGUGUGGGAGGUUCCAUCCACAUAUUAAUUUUCAUCUGAGUCUAUACCCAUGGCUACAGGAUAUCAACUUUUGGGGUUUGAUUUACCCAACCCACUUCGCCAUCCCCCAACUGAAGAAGAGCAGAGGGAGAAUCGUCGUGACCUCAUCGGCCGCCAGCUGGCUACCUAUGCCGCGGAUGAGCUUCUACAACGUUAGAACCACCCUCUUUCUCCCCGUCCGCCAUUGAAAGCACAAGUCGGAGAUGCUCUUGAUCUUCUUCUCCUUGUUCCAGGCGAGCAAGGCUGCCUUGACGAGCUUCUAUGAGACACUGCGGGUUGAGCUUGGCCGCGAAGUCGGAGUGACGAUCGCCACUCCUGGUUUGACGGAGUCAGAAAUGACACAGGGGAAGAUGCUCACCAAGGAAGGCCAUUUGCAAAUGGACCAGGAGACGACAGACGUAGGCGCUCCCUCUCCCUCUCUCUCUCUCUCUCUCUCUCUCUCUCUCUCUCUCUCUCUCUCGCUCGCUCUAGAAUAAUACCGUACUCGAAGACUCAGGUGGGACCGUUCCCGGUGGUGUACGCGGAGGCAUACGCGAAAGCAGUGGUGGAGGCGGCAUGCCGGGGGCAGAGGUACCUGACGGUGCCGGCGUGGUUCCGGGAGGUGCAUGUUUGCCGGAUGGUCGCCCCGGAGGUGGUCGAUUGGUUCUUCCGCUUGCUCUUCAUGGCCAGGCCGGGCGGCGAGAAGGAGCCCCUCAGUAAGAAGUUAUUCGACGCCACUGGCACCAAGGAGAUGCUCUAUCCCUCCUCCCAGCAGUCCUCCGAGAUCAAACAAGACUGA